AUUAAUUUAAAUUUGAUUUCAAGUUUUAUCUAUAAUUAUUUUAUCUUUGAUAGGUUUCGAUUAGAUUUUAUACGUGAACCAAUCAUAAUCGAGCACUGCAUUUUACUAAAUAUCUUAUGAUACUGUUUACAUCGUUUGAGCGGUGAAUAUCGACUUUUUUCAAAGAAUAUGCAUUGUAAUUCUACUUAAAUUAUUAUUAUUUGUAAUAAUAUAGAUCAUUGUUAAAGUAUAUAGAUGAAUAAUUAAAUUAAUGGAAAAUAUGGCUAAUGACACAGAAACAAAUCAGCACAGUCAAUAUCCUUGCAAUUUCAAAUUUCAUGAAUUUGUGGAUCAAGAGGUUAAAAUUAGUUGUCACAUUAUAAAAAUGGAAGACAGCUUAUAUUUAUGGGUUGGAGAUGCUAAACAUUCUGCCAUGAGUAAUCUUGCUUUUGCACUUAGAUCCAAUUAUGAAUCAGUACCGAUUGGUACAAAGAUAAUGGGUGCAGUGGCGGAUGAAACUUCUUCUAACAUAGCUAAACGUUUAACAAAAAGAUUGGGAAAACCUGUAUAUGUUAGUUUUAAUGUACAGGCUGAUAGAAUGUUACUGCCUCAGAUUGAGCAAAGAAUACAUCAAGAAUUUAAAACAAAUGAAGAACUAACAAUAUUUUCAUGAAUUUUUAUAUUUUAUCUCAGAUAUCUUAAAGCUUUUCAAUAAUACGACUGUAUAACGAAAUUUAUAGUUUUAUAAUAAAUUAAAUGAAUUAUGUUACUACAAUA